CAACUGUUAGAAGUUCAAAAAAUAUUGAUGCAGUAGUCCUACAAAUAUACCGCACGCGUACUGAUGUGUACAAGAAAAUAGGAUUGCGCCAAUUUCGAAAUUAGAAGGACGGGAAGCUAAAGGAGCGGAAAGUCGAUGUUGCUGCGUUCGCCACCGAUCGAGUUGCGAUUUUUUGCAAUGUGUCCUGCGGAAGAAACACCUGUUUCCAAGACACCCUUUGCCCACGCCCAACUCACGUCAAAGUCGCGACAAAAUCACAAAAAUUUGCGGUAAUGCUCCAAAACUCGCUCUAAAUUCGCGAAAAACUCGGAAAACAUUGAUCCCAGCUUUCUCCUUACUCGCGACAACUCGUCAACUCGCCAACUUGAACGUUGUUCACCUAUUUUGGAAGUGAGGGAACACCCGCGUGAAAUUAUACAGAAAAACAAAGUGGUGGUUCCAAAAAAAUUGUUUUCAAAGGCUUCGCUAGCGCUUACCCAGUGACAUUUAACUGUUGCAUUCUGCAGAUAGGCCUUACAGAAGUGCGUAGUAUCACUUGAAAAACAUAGAAAUAACUGUAUUCAUAUCUUGUCUCAAAACGUUGUUACGGCACAUAAGAACGAAACGCACACACUUCUCCCAAAAUUGAUUUCCCCUAGAUUGUAAUGUGUAGAGCACUCAAGUUUCGGCGAGUCAAAAGUGUUGAUGAAUUGGCCUCAACCUCACAGUUAAAAAAAAUUGUAACUUUCCAAGAGUAUACCUGUAAUCUGGUACAGAAAUAUUAUGGUAAUUUUACAGAGUAUGGUAAAUUUACUACAUGUUUUCUGUAAAUUUACAAGUUUGGUAAUUUUACAGAAAAGUAUUAGUAAAAUUAUCGAAACCCCGUAAUUUUCCCCAUAAUGUGUGGUAAUUUUACAAAUGGCUGUAAUAGUACGACAUUUCUUCUGAAAUGUUACAGAAAACAUGGAGAAUCACUAGAGCCUGUACAAUUCACUUCCAGUAAAUUUCUGUAAAACCACUGGAUUGAUCUGUAUAACAGAAAGUAAUGCUUUCUCAGACCCAGCAUACGGUUGCGUGUUAGCACGUGCUGUUCGAAAGAUUUUUUAUACUAACAUUUACAGAUUAACACAGUAAAUUCUAGACCUGUGCAUUCGAUUAUUGGGCUCGGGUUUGAGUAAAAAUCAAGGAGAGGACUCCGGUAGUGCCUAGGAACUGACCCGACACUUACACGAGCCCUGUUGGUGGCGGCGUGAGAUUAGUGACCCGUGAAUUUCCUAACGCCAAAACAGCUGGGCGGAAAUCCCGGCGUGGGGCUGGCCCUGGGCUCCGGGCCGAGGUCCUGCCUCCUCCCAACGUCGACAGGCUGGGGAUGGGUAGCCAACAGAAUGUUAAGAAGGCAGUGAGUUAUUAGUCAGUUAGAACUACACUCAUCUUAGUUUGUUCUUCAAACAAUUAAAAUGGGUAGUACCAACGGGAAUUUGAAAUUGAUGCUUUGAGGGCCACGGAGUGGCGCGUGAUAUGCCGUGUAUACCUGCCGGGUCACAUAAUCCCCAAGCCAGUCUCGCUGGCGGCCGGUCGGGUCGGCCACGGUCACCCGGCACCCGGCUGUCGAGUCACACGGGGACAGUCGAGCAUCCCUCCCAUCAAGUCCCAGUGGUCUAGUGGAUAGCGUGCUGGGUUCGCAACGCAGUCGUCCGAGGUUCAACUCCCGCCGGGUCAAGGUAAUUGGUUAUUCACUUUAAUGCUUACUUCGUUGCUUGUAUAUCACGGUGAGGUAGGUAGGUGACGAUAGGAGGCAAAGGGCAAAGACCUCCGGAAACUCACAGGCGAACGAAAUUUCUUUUCCUUUUCUCGAAUUACCACACUUUUCAUGCAUGAUAAUACUUUUACAGAACGGACCUGUAAAUUUACCAGUAUAUCAUGGGAAAAUGAUUACCAUAGAAUAACCGGAAUCUGUUUUACUAGUGUUCUGUAAUUUUACAGACUAUAGUAAUUUUACUAGACAAUGUAUUGGCACUAAGUAUGCCAAGACUUUUUCUGUAAAAUCCCUCCAAAAUUUUUUAACUGUGCUGAUGUUCACACUCGCCGUUGUUUCCACCAAGGCACAACUGUCCUUGAUCGCAAUCAAGAACCCUUCGUCAUGCGGGGCAUCAACUAUGCCCACACCUGGUACAAAGGAGAUGCCGAAACAGCCAUCCCCGCCAUUGCCGCCACCGGUGCAAACGUGAUCCGCAUCGUGCUGUCUGAUGGGGACCAGUACACGUACGACGACGCAGCGAGUGUGCGCCGAAUUUUGGACAUCUGCAAGCAGAACAAGCUCGUCGCAAUCUUAGAGGUGCAUGACGCUACCGGUUCGGACGAUUUUGCGAAGUUGCGUCGUGCUGCUGACUACUGGAUUAGUUUGGCAUCCACUCUGAAAGGGCUCGAGGACCACGUCAUAAUCAACAUUGCCAACGAGUGGUUCGGUUCAUCUGGACAGGUAAGACUAAACUUAAGGAAAGGUUUAAGAAAUAAUUAUUUGCACGAAUCUGAAUGCUCACAGUUAAAAUCCAACAAGAACAAAGUUGGGUAAAAAUAAAGUUGCCCC